AUGAACUCCCAUCCACCACCUUAUCAAUCCCCACAUACACCUGACACCUAUCCACCACCUUCUCGUACCCGCCAGAAUACACAGCACCAGCGAAAUAGGAAACGACGUCGAUUUCUACCUACCGCCAAAGGUUUUCUGUCCUUUUUAUACCAUACGAGUUUUUACCUUUUCAUCUUGAUCAUAGCUGCUCUGUUGGUUGGAUCAGCAUGGAGUAUAGGUGAACAGGCGUGGAGGAAUGGCGGACAGAGGAAAUGGAAUAUAUUCGUCAUGGUUGCUGCUUAUGUAGCUUUGGGUAUCAUAUCAGUCUUACAUGUGUGGUCUAGAGUACUGAGUAUAAAACGGAUAUUGAGGACGAUGCCUAAGCCAUAUAUACCUACCAAGCGAGUGGAUUUGCCCAAGAACGUCGCUAAACAUAUCGCAACUGAGUACUCGAGGACAGCUGUGAUAGCUCAUAUCUCCCAAGCUACGACGGGUCAACAGGAAGGAUGGGGUAGACCAGGUACCAGAUGGGAAGAUAAACAUUUCCGAACCUAUAUCCUAUCGACCAUACCCAUAAUGAGACAGUCACUCGCACCCACUUCCACAGCAUCACCCCUAUCCCUCCAACCUUUACUGGACGCCUCUUCCUCGAUGAACGAUAAUGGAGCGAUCAGGCUUCUCGUCAAUUCAUAUGCAAAGAUAAUCGAGAGAGCGAGGUACGGGAGGAAGGAACCUAGUCAAGCUGAUGCUGAGGCUGUGGAGAAGGUGGUAGAGGUUGUGUUGCUCACUCUCGAAGUUAAAAGACGUCGUGAGAAGGAUAAGCAUCGGACGAUUAUAUCAUGA